CUAAUUUCUACGACGAAUCUUUCCUGUGGACACGAAUUCAAGUGUGUGGGUACGAAUCGAAAAGUGUUGAAAUGACGUCACUUAGGUCACAGGGGAAAGUAAUCGAACCAUGAUUCUCCCAAACGCGCAUGCGUCAAUUCAAACGCAAAGAUGGAUGAGGAUGGACCGGGUGAUAGAGCUACCAGCUCAGGUGAAGCAUCACAGCAGGGACCAGUGGCUACCCAAUUAUUGGAACGCCUGAAAACAAGGGUAUCUGAUGUGUUAAGCCAACCACACUUGAAUUUGGACUAUUUCCAAUACGUAGUUAAUCAAGAGGCAUUUAUUCUGGCGGCUGCCUCCAAUACUCUACACAUCCCAGCUGAAAUUGUGGAUUGUCUUUUAUCCCUGCAAAGUAAGAUCCACGCAGCUGUUUCCCAAGAGAGUCCUUGUGCUUUUAUUAGAGCUGGAGAACGAGGCCGACCAAAGUUCAUUUUUUCUGAGGAGCUUCUGUCCCGGCUCAUCGAUGUCCCUUUACCAGUGUCGUGCAUUGCAAAUCUGUUGGGUGUCAGCCAAAGCACAAUCUUCCGACGUAUGCAUGAAUUUGGGUUGUCCACAGUAUCCACAUACAGCAUCUUGUCAGAUAGUGAAUUGGAUGAUGCUGUGCAGUCCAUAAAAAGCAGGAUCCCAACUGCUGGAUACAGAAUGGUCAAAGGCUGUCUGCAAGCAGAUGGGCAUAGAGUUCAGUGGGAUCGCAUCAAGGAGUCCAUGCACAGAGUCGAUGCUCCCGGAGUUUUGGAAAGGAUGACACGGCUGGGGUGCAUAGUAAGGAGGACAUACUUUGUGCAGGGGCCUUUGUCAUUAGUCCAUGUCGACACAAACCAUAAGCUGAUACGGUACAACAUUGUCAUAUUUGGUGGAAUAGAUGGGUACUCGAGAAAGAUUUUCUACCUGGAAGCAGCUACAAAUAACCGCUCAAACACUGCUCAUUCAUUUUUUCUGAAGGCAGUGGAAAACUACGGAUGGCCUUCCAGGGUCAGGGGCGAUGAAGGCGUCGAAAAUGUCUCAAUUGCUGAAACCAUGUUCACCGUCAAAGGUGCUGGAAGAGGGAGCUUCAUAUCUGGGAGGAGUGUACAUAAUCAGAGAAUUGAGCGCCUGUGGAGAGAUGUCUGGACCAGUGUGACACAUCUUUACUACGAAGUUCUUCACAGUCUCGAGGAAGAUGGUCUGCUGCAUUUGGGAGAUGCUGUACAUCUGUUUUGUGCACAGUAUGUGUUCCUUCCGCGUCUGGCAGAGGCCCUUCACACUUUCACAGAAGGCUGGGACAACCAUCCUUUACGGUCUGAAGGUGGACUGUCCCCGAACCAGCUCUGGGUUAUGGGUCACAUGCAGAACCCUUGUGACCUGAAUGAAGAUUUGCAGAACAUGGAGCUAUUUGGAACGGACUGGGAGAUGUUCGAUGCUGUGGAUGAGGAACCAUAUGGAGUCCAAGUCCAUGAAAUUUAGUGCCCUCUGACUCCAGAUAUUAUGGAUACUGUGCAGUCCAUGAUAAAUCCCUUGGCAUCAUCAGAAUCAUUUGGCAGAGACGUUUAUGUAACAAUGGUUCAGUGUAUUGAAGGUCUAAUGGCAGCACAAGAAAUGCCUGAGCUGUAAAACCUACAAAGUAAGGUAGAGCCACACACCAACUCCCAUAAAGGUAUUUUUACCUCCGUCAAGGAGGUUAUGUUUUCGGUCGCGUACGUUUGUUUGUCUGUUUGUCAGCAGGAUAACUCAAAAAGUCGUGAACGGAUUUUGAUGAAAUGUUGAGGAGUUGUUGGAAAUGACAAAAGGAACAAGUGAUUAAAUUUUGGUGGUGAUCCGCAUUAGCGUCUAGAUGUUAGGGCGUGUAGAUGUUAUGGCAUCAGUGACCGCAUGGUCUUGACGGAGGUUUGCGCUCUCUGAGUGCUUCUAGUUUAUUUUUGUUUUUGCAGUGACGUUUCGAGCUAUACGCUCUUCCGAAGAGCGUAUAGCUCGAAACGUCACUGCAAAAACAAAAAUAAAAAAUACCUUUAUGGGAGUUGGUGUGCGGCUCUACCUUACUUUGUAUACUUGUUCACUUUUUGAAGCCAGCACCCGUAAGUCGUGAUGUGCGUGACUUCCCUACACUUUUUGAGAUGUAAAACCUUUGCAAAA